AUGUGCGAGUUCGCGUCCGAGGAACCUAUAACGCAUUCGCCCGUCGAAUUGAGUCAGUGGGUCCGCGAACAGGUUGUAAAGUCAGAUGAGAAAAUAGAAAUUGUAGCAGCAGUUCCCGAAGAAGUUCUGAGCGAAGGAAAUGAAAUUUCAAAUACAGAUCAACUCGCAUUAGAAUCAACAGCAAAAGAUGGAUCCGCUGUUGUACAUCAAUAUAACGCUCUGCCUGGAAGAGGUCAUUCAACCAAUCGCAACGCACUUGGACAAUCUUCCUCUAACUAUCAUGGCCCACCGCCACCUCCCAUAGAAGCAACUGACAAAUCUUUUUCCGAACAUCCUGGAAAUGAUGUAUAUGAGCAAGGACCUGGUGAGCAAUUGCACCCAGAACAUUUACUUGGAGUACAUGGACAAGAAGACUGGCCAGUAUCUACUACAAAAACCCCUAAAAUCAUCUCACUAGAUGUGAAAUGCGAGCGAAAUUCUAUGAAAGUAUUUAUAGCCUUUGAUAAGCCAUUCUACGGUAUAAUUUUUUCAAAGGGGCAUUACAGUAAUCCGGCAUGCGUGCAUUUAAAACCAGGUCAAGGGAGCAGUAACGCAAAUUUUGAAAUUGGUAUUCAUCAUUGUGGGACAGCAGGCAAUACGGAGAAUGGAUACUACGGGUAUGGAUCGGAAUCCGGCUCUGGUACAUAUUUCGAGAAUGUUAUAGUCAUCCAGUACGAUCCUCAAGUACAGGAAAUUUGGGACCAAGCUAGAAAAUUGAGAUGCACGUGGCACGAUCAGUAUGAGAAAAGAGUUACUUUCCGUCCGUUCCCUGUAGACAUGCUUGAAAUCAUUCGAGCAGACUUCGCUGGUGAUAAUGUAGGUUGCUGGAUGCAGAUUCAAGUAGGGCGUGGGCCUUGGGCUUCAGAAGUAUCAGGACUCGUGAAGAUUGGUCAAGCUAUGACGAUGGUUUUAGCUAUAAAGGACUACGAUUCUAAAUUCGACAUGCUUGUACGAAACUGCAUGGCUCACGAUGGUAAACACGCCCCAAUUCAGCUUGUAGAUAGAUAUGGCUGUGUUACACGCCCUAAACUAAUGUCCAGGUUUACAAAGAUCAAGAAUUUCGGAGCUAGUGCCAGUAUAUUGAGUUACGCACAUUUCCAAGCGUUCAAGUUCCCUGAUUCUAUGGAGGUGCAUUUCCAAUGUACGAUACAGAUCUGUAGGCACCGUUGCCCAGAACAAUGUGAUAAACAAGCGGGUUCGUAUUCUGAAUUAUAUGGCCCGGCAUAUGUAGGAAGCAGAGAAAAGCGUGCUGCCGACCCUAAGCAGGAGGUCGGCCUGAACAAAGUCAUUCGCGUUGUAUCAACGGGCGAUCUGACAUUCCCCGUAGCCGAAUCAGCUAAUUCGACAAACACGAGCACGUUAGUGUUCCCGGCUAGAAACGAUGGAAUCAUGUGCAUGGCCACUAUUAGUUUUAUGAUUGCUUUGGUAGUUCUUCUCUUAUGCCUCGCAAUGUCAUGCUUAUUCAGUGCAUUCUUGUGGAUUAAAUUGCGGUCGUUCUCUCAAGUGAAUAGGAAACUUCAAAAAACUAACAAACCACUCACUUUUAAGAAAUCAACAACACAUGGGAGUCAUGUUUACUCAUAA